AUGGCCUCGAUCGAUCAACACGAACCUCUACGAGAGCUGGAUGCUGAGCUCGACGUGCACCCAGCCAUCGUUUCGGCUCUGAUUCGCAGGGUGAGAUCACUCGUCACUCGACUCAUCGACCAUGACAUUGACGAGAAGAGGAUCACAGGAUCCGAGGGUCUUAUCGAUGCCAAGGUCAUCUCGGCAUUCCACGAGCUUGGAGGUGACUUUGGAGAUGCUGUCCCCUACGCUCUCCUCGAGACUCGCAAGAUGUUCGAGCGAGACGUCGAAAAGGAGCCUUUGGAUCAUGGCCUGAACAAGAAGCGAGCAGUGGCAUGUGAGGUUCUAGUUGAACGUCUCGUCUCUCAUAUCCAGCGGAGUGCCGUGGAAAAAGGAUCGCCAAGUGCAAGGUACCACUUAUGUUUGACCAAAAAGUUCCGCCGCUACGAGAGCGACGGUGACGUGACCAUCCCCACUUCGGCGCUGGAAGCUGCCAUCGAUCAGAACUGCGUACCUGUCCUAGCUUCCAUCGAGGCCAGGAGAGCCACGCAGGCCAUCUGGGAAGGCUCGCUGGUGCAGAAAUACUCGCAGCACGGCUAUACCUACUUUGUGCCUUACGACAGGAAAGACGACGGAGCCUUUCUUUCGCACUUGCAUCCUUCGCGCCUCGGUGUACCAAAGUACUCGUAUGUCACCAACAUUGUUCUUUGGAUCUUCUUCUUGGCCGUCUUCACUGUUCAGACGAGAACGCUCAAGUCAUUCGACGUGUUCGAGGGAAUUCUAUGGGUGAUGGCAGCAGGCUACAUCGUUGAGGAUGCCGCGCGCUGGACCAAGAUCGGCGGACUGGGAGCUAUCGAGUUCUGGUCCAUCAUGGAUAUCUUCACAGACGGCCUGCUUCUCCUGUCGUUCUGCUUCCGUGUGGCGAGCUUCGUAGCGCACGGCAAGAAGCAUGACACUUACCAGCUACGAGCCUUCCAAUUUUUGGCGUGCGUGGCACCUCUGAUCUGGAUUCAGCUUCUCAAAGUCGCUGAUGGAUUUGUCUACUUUGGUACUCUGACAGUCAUCAUCCUACGCAUGUUCAAAGAAAGUGCGAUCUUCUUCACGCUGCUCGCCUUGGUCAUGAUCGGCUUCGGACACGGGUUCUUGGCGCUAGAUGCUGCCGACGAGUCUCGGGUGGACAAUGUGGUGGUCAAGAUCAUCGACGUACUCACGCAGUCGCUGUUGGGUGGUGCCGACUUUCAACUGACGAGCCAAGAGGCAUUUGGAUAUCCCUACGGACACAUCUUGUACUACGCUUACUGCUUUGUCACUGCGGUGAUUCUGCUCAACAUCUUGAUCGCUUUCUUCGGCACAGCGUACAGCGAUGUGGUCGACUCUGCCGACCAAGUGUAUGCAGCCUUCUUCUGCCAAAAGGUGAUUGCGAUGGUGCGAGCGCCAGAUCAGUUCGUCUACUUGCCGCCAUUCAACCUACUGGAAGCAUUGGUGAUCGCACCGCUGGAAUGGCUUGUGUCGCACGAGAGGUACGCAAAGAUCAACUACACGGUUCAGUCGGUCCUAUUUGCACCGCCUUUGAUGUGCAUUGCGUUCUACGAAAGCCGUGCGGCACGGAACGGCGGUUCGAUCCGUUUGCCGCUGCUUGAGACGGAAGAGGAGGAUCGGACGACAUCGGUGCUUGGCGGAACUCACGAGGAUCCUAUCCUACCCGAAAUGGACGGCAGUGGUGGCCUACAAAUCUCUCGAAGCAAGUUUGAAGAUCUCGUCAGCAAAAUGCAGAGUUGA